UUCUGCCAAAGAGGAGAGUAAUUAUAGCUCAGCCUUUGCCAGCUGACCGAGCUCUGCAGCCCGGCAGAGGGGCCUGGGGCGGGGACGUAGAUUGGCCGGAGAUCGGCCCCGCGAGCAGGCGGGCAGCAGCUCCAGACCGGAGCCAGGGUAGGCCGGGCAGGCGUGGCCCCGCUACCUGAGCGUCCCAGCGCCCACCUCUCCAGGGCACAGGAGCGGCGCCGCCACCAAGACUGGGCCAGGACCGUGCUGGACGACUCCCGCUGGGGCAGCCACGGAGGCCGGUCCACACCGCCCCUCGCAGAGCCGGGCGGAAGCCAGCUCGGAAAAGGCAGAGCCCGUGGGGUCAGGCCCCUGAAUUCAGCCCGCCGCUCUGGGCGGGGGUCAAACGCCACCAGGCCACCGGCCCCACAGCGACAGCCUCCUCCAGCAGGGCCAUUCAGAGGGCCGCUGAAGCCGCAGCCCCAUAGUGUAAGAGAAGCUUCUCGGCCGCCCGUGAGCGGUCCCGGCUCCGGUUCCCUCUCUGCCAGAGGCUCUGCUCACCACUGGACUGUGGGUGCAGGUGGGCAAGCUCGCCCGGGGCGCAGCAGCCAGGGGCCCAGGACCAUGUCCCAAUAAAUGAAGACUGCAGCGCACGCCUUGAGCCCCAACUCCCGGCCAGAGACGCAACAUCAGACCAGAAAGAAUGAGGAAGCGGCUCCAGGCUCGCCGAUGCCCAGGGCGGCGAGGGAGGGCAGAAAGGGCCCCGCCUCGAUCCUGAGACGAAGCCCGCAGGAGCACUGCGGCCGUGGGGAUGAGCCUCGGAGGCCCACGAGACACGUGCGGUUCCGAGAGCCCCUGGAGGUGGCCGUCCACUACAUCGCCUGCAGGGAGCCCACCGCCGCUGCCAAGGCGCCCCGCCGACCCCGGCCCCGUGGUGGCUCCCUGCUCCUGAGGCUGACCGCCUGCAUCCUGCUGGUGCUGGCGCUGGGCGUGUGCUGUGGCCAGGCCGGGCCCGUGGCCGGGGCCCUGGAGGGCCUGCGGGCCCGGCUCCUUGCUGCCCUCCUGCGCCUGCGGCUGGCGGCCCUGGCCUGCUGGCGCUGCCUGCUGCAGCUCUGACGGCAACGCCCGCCCCCCUGGGGCCCAGUGGCGUCCACUGGGAGUUCUUCUCCGAACAAGAAUGUCACCACUGAAACCCAGGCACCCACUGGUUCCAGCCCGCAGGGCUACCCUUCAGGCGCCCCCUCACCCCAGCAGGAACCCUCGGUGACCUUGGGCUGGGCCUGAAGGCAUCUGCAUAUAGCCCCUUCAGGCCGGAGGCACCCUCCCUCUUUCCAGGGCACCCAUAGGAAGAAAGGAAACUGGGCUUUGCUGCUUGGGGGCCUGAAGCCCAGACCCCAAAACCCUGCUGGGAGAGGUGGCUCGGGGACAUGCUAUCGCCUACAGUCACGUGAGGGGGGGGCCUGGCACUCUGAGCUUAUCUGCCACCAGCGCUGGGCCCCAGGCCUGGGGAGCCCCGCUUGUCCAGAGCAUGCAUGCCACCUGGCACCUCUGAGGAUGCCGGCCUGGGGGCAGCAGAGAGGGGACGGGGAGCGCUGAGCAGCAGGGUCGCCGCCCUCGGGACGCGGCCGUCUGGGCCUGGGUCCCGACGGCCCCACGUGGGCUGUGUGGAGCCCGGGAGCACCAUGACCGUGUAGCCCAUGCAGCCAGACCGAGGGGGCCCUGCGGAGACCGACCCGGGUCCUCUCAGACGCAGGGAGGGAGGGGGGCCUAAACAAAGCAGAGAGGCCGCACCGGGGGAGAAGCCCCCACAGCCGAAGACGGGAGUCCGCACGCCGCCUGGACUCCUGCCGUCUGCCCCCACGGGCUAGGUGGGGAGACGCAGGUCUUGUAUUCAAACACUGCCGCCUCUUUCCUCCUGGAGACACUGGCCCCAAGGAGGGAAGUUGGGACCGAUUUGCUGUGGAUUCACUUUGGCAGCUGCUGCAGAGGUCGGGGUGCUGUGCGGGCCGGCACCCUGGGGCUGCAGGGGCCGGGGCACCUGUCUCCAGGGUCCCUUCGGGCUUCAGAACUCAGGGAGCCCUGAGCCGGGAGCCCAGCGGACAGAGGCCCGCCUCCGGGGGCAGCAGCCCUUGGGGACCCGCCAGCAUCACAGCUGCCACCCUCACAGACGCCAGCCAUCCCCUGCGCCCACCCCACCCCCUGAAGAGGACGGGGCAGGCUAAGUGGCAGACCCGAGCCCACAGGUCUCAGCUCCCCCAGCCCUGAGCCCGUCGUGAGGGGAGCACCCGGCAGGGACCGGGCUCCUCGACACCCCUCCUCACGGCCCACCGCUCUCAGCUCAGGGCUUCUGCAAAGACCCGCUCAGCUCCGGAGGGUCCGCAAGACCUGGACCCCCGCUGCUUUUGGAAAAGUAUCGCUCAAGGCACACCCAACAACCUGGAGAAUCCUGAGACACGAAAUUCGCCCUCACACCCGAGAAGCGGCGACGGGGAGCAGACAGAACAGAACCCACGAGGAGACACGCAGAUGGUGACUGCAGCCGCGGGGGGCGGGGGCACUCCCAGUUCCCAGUAAGUCUGGGAAACUCUGGGAGCAAACACAGAAGGCAGUGUUUCCAGUCUUAAAUUGAAAGCAGACAGAACAACAGAAACAAAGGCAAACUGAUGGAUAAAGAGAUGCCUAACCAUUCACAUUAGAGGCUCAGGUAUUUUUGUUUUUAUUUUGACUUGAGAAAUAAAUACAUUUGCGUUCAAGAA